GCGCGUCUUCACUCUCAGAACGCUGCGCCUUCAGACGCACGAAAACAAAGCGAGAACGGGACGCAUCGCCCGGAGUCAGUCAAACGAGGACUUAAACCGAGGAACUGUUCGUUUGAUACCACAAUCUACAGCACACAGAGGAGCGAAGAUGUUUGCUUGGGCUGUUAUCGUCAUCCUUGUUGCACACUUCAGUGUGGUCUUCUCCAGCUGCCCAGCGGCAUGCUCAUGCACGCAAGAGCUUCCCAAAUGCGCGCCUGGAGUCAGUCUGGUCUUAGACGGCUGCGGCUGCUGCAAAGUGUGUGCCAGACAGCUGAACGAAGACUGCAGCAAGACGGAGCCGUGCGACCACACCAAGGGGCUGGAGUGCAACUUCGGGGCCAGCUUCGGGGCCACCAGAGGCAUCUGCCGAGCCAAAUCGGAAGGUAGACCGUGUGAGUACAACAGCAGGAUCUACCAGAACGGAGAGAGUUUCCAGCCCAACUGCAAGCACCAGUGCACUUGCAUCGACGGGGCGGUGGGCUGCAUUCCGCUGUGCCCGCAAGAGCUCUCCCUGCCCACGCUGGGCUGCACCAACCCCAGGCUGGUCAAGGUGCCAGGCCAGUGCUGCGAGGAGUGGGUCUGCGACGACGGGAAGACUAGGGAAUCCGCCGACAAGCUGUCUGGCAACGAUCCGAUGGUUGACGACUCCGAGAGUGACCUCACCAACAAGAACGAGCUCAUCUCCAUCGUGAAGGCCGGACUCAAAUCCUUGCCUGCAUUCCGAUCGCAGUUCGAGAAGUGCAUAGUGCAGACCACACCCUGGUCCCAAUGCUCCAAGACCUGCGGCACUGGAAUCUCCACCAGGAUAACCAAUGACAACGCCGACUGCAAGCUGGUGAAGGAGAGCAGGAUCUGCGAGGUCCGUCCGUGCAGCCAGUCGCCCUACACCAGCCUGAAGAAAGGGAAGAAAUGCAACCGGACCAAGAAGUCCAUGCAGCCGGUCAAGUUCACGUACGCCGGAUGCUCCAGCCUGAAGAAGUACCGCCCCAGGUACUGCGGCUCCUGCGUGGACGGCCGCUGCUGCAGCCCGCAGACGACCCGCACCAUCCGCGUCAAGUUCCGCUGCGAGGACGGCGAGACCUUCAACAAGAACGUCAUGAUGAUCGAGUCCUGCAAGUGCACCUACAACUGCGCCCAAGGCAACGAUGCCACCUACCCCUUCUACAGACUCUUCAACGACAUCCACAAGUUCAGAGACUGAGCGCCGGGGAAUCCUGGGAGCGCGUCACGAGCGACGACCAAUAGCAGCUCAGCUGCGCAAUCAGGGGGGAGGGGCCCAUCCGCCGGCCAAUCGACUCCUGUUGUAACUAGAUUCCCACGGAAUUACAAACGGACUUACAUUACGGGGACUUUGAAGUGCACUGUUUGCUGAGGCCGCGUCAGCGUUUUGGAAAAGGCUCGCUCCACACUGGAGCGCUACGUUUUAUAGCUUCGUUAUGGAGCAACCUGUAAAGAUGUAAAUAUUUCAAUUCCUGAUGUAUAUCUUGAUGUCUAAAUACAAACAUGAACCAAACUGUAGACUUGUGUGUGUGUGUGUGUGUGUAUUCCCAAUUGUAGAUAUGCACAUGCAAAGACGUACAACUGGUAGACUUUGUCCACGGUAACACUCCCUCCUGAUGUGGGUGAACGCACCCUCAUUGUUUGGCAGCUAACGGAAUCCAACUCCACCACACGAUCAACAACAGACUUAAAGGGUUGAAUGAAUGUUUUAUUGUUAUUAUUUAUCGCAAAUGUAGCUCUUUUAUUUGAACAUUGUCAUACUGGAAUAAAGUGUAAAAUGAUCUAAUUUUAUAUGUUACAAAUAAAAGAUUUAUUUAUGAACUAAA